UGCAAACAGAAUGGAGGGGAAAAAAAAAUCUGUUUUCAUUCACUCGAAUUUGACUCUGUAAGAAUGCUUUGCAUGCUGCUCAAGUUGUACGCAGGCAAUUGUAGAGAUUGCUUGGGUUUUCAUCAGAUUUUGAAGAGGUGUAAAAUGGUAUCCUUAGCUAAGACAUUCCAUCAGUAGUUCUCUUAAAUAACCAGGGUGUCAGGAGGGUAAAGUUUUAAGUUUUGUUCAAAUGCCUUAGCGGUCUGUGAGCAAAGAAGUUUCACAGUGGGAUUCGUUAUUGGUGUUUGACUGAUUUAAGUGCUUGAAUGUUAGAAAUGCUGAGUUAUGUUAUUCUGUUUUGCCUUCUGAGUGAUUUGUUGUGUAGAUGUAGGACAGGCUAAGACUCAAAUCAGUGUGGAUGGAUUUUAGAUAGGUCAAGGGAGGUGAGGCUUACAGGUACCUUAUUCCGCUUCAGCCCUAAUUCACCUUCUUGUUUUAUUAGAAGGGGUAGUUGUAAAUAUCUCUAGGGACGUGUUAUAAAGCUGCAUUAAGCUAGUGUUAGCGUCUUAACGUAUUAGUAUUUAGCGUCUUGUAGUAUUAGUGUCUCAAAGGUGAUGAAAGUACUGCCCUUAAUAUAUAUGCAAUAUAAAGAGUAAUAUAAACACUGUAUCUGCUUACUACAAAAAUAUCAGGCAAAAUACUAAAGCAUUUUCUAAUUUCUAAGACUGAGAAGGGUCGUUGUGCUGCCAGAAUAUUCUGAGAAAAGUAAAGUCAUGGUGAUUAAAGGCUUCACUGAUAGUCUGUUUCCGUGUCCAGAUUGCCACAGACUUGCCUUUGGUCUUUUUAUUUCUAGAUGUUUUAAAAUAUCUUUCUGGGGACAAAAAUUUCAUAUAACGUUUUGCCUGCCUUUUUCAAGCAAGGUCCUCAGCUAUUGUUCCUCGUCACUCUCCUGCAGUUCCCUUCAGUGCCCAUUAAACAGUACGUCCAAUGUCUUCCCCUCUACAGUAACUGACUGUAUUUGCCUUGCCUGCAGGGGGUGUUCCAUGUGGGGACACGGUGGAGUCCCAUGCUUGUGGCUGUCAGGAGUGAGCUGUGCCCGGUGCAAGCAUUGUGUUGCCUGCACUUCUGUCUGUUAGGUGUAUGACACUGACUACUUAGCCUUAAUUUCUGGAGGGAUUAGCAUAUACUUUCCAUUUGUAAAACCUGGUGUCCUCAGGACCACGGACCAAAUAUUAGUGGUGUGGUUCUGCUGGCUGCCAUAGGGUUACCCAGGAGGAGCUCCAGCAUGGCCUGUGUAAAAUGCCAUGUGGCAAGCCUUUCAAGGCUUCAGUGCAUGUGGUACAAUGACAUGCGUAAUGAAUUAUUAGACUGAUUCAAAAUACUGAAAAAGGUGCUCUGCCUCUAAUGUUCCUUUAGAAACUGAGGGCUUCUGACUUUCCAGGAGUGAGAAAAGGCAGUAUCUGGGCUCACCAGGGUCCAUGGAACUUGUCAGGGAUUCAGUGGCAGUUUCUCAGUGUACUAGCUGCCUUUCUGUCCUUAAAAGGAAAAAGAGGAAGCAGCUUACCUGCCAGGUUAUUUUAUGCUGUGUCUGCUUGGAGCUGCUUUCUCAGGAGUGUUAGGUUUUUUUCCUGCAGCAAGCUAUUAGUGGGCAUGGUGUGGAUGCCACAGCCAGGGACUCCUGGCCUAGAGCGUGGGAGGGAAGGAAAGCACAAGUAUUGUUGAUGAAUUCUGAUGUCGUACGUAUGCAUAGAAGGGAAAUGGGAAACUGUCACCUCUGAUGCAGUGCUAGGUAAUAGACGUUUUCAGAUCCUGCAAAUAACCUAUGUGGUGUUUAAAGACCAAAAUACACAGUCAUUUUUUCAAAGCGGCAGGCCUUCAAGUGACUCAGGGAUUUUUGGUGAACGGGGUCGCUGAUACAUGUGCGAGAAGACUUAGAUAAAUAGUCUAGUCAUGCAGUGGGAUGUCGAUUCCACAGAAGGGUCAGUUGUGAGUUGCUUUACCUGUCAGGGGCUAUAUAUUACUUCAUUAAGUGGGCUAUUCAUAACAGUUAUCCAUGCCGAAUGGAGAACAGCCCCAUCUAAAAGGCUAAUGCUUGUUUGGUGUUCUCCAAAAGUGCUGUUCUCCUCCUUCACGUUAAAUUACUACUCCUCAGCUCGGUCUGCACUUGGUACAGGACUCACUCAGUUGUCUCUGCCUUCGUUUCCUCAAGUGGGAAUCUAAGGAUAAGGUUGAUUCUGUUUCCGAGAGGUUGUAACGAAUUGCUGUAUAGUUUCUUUUAAAAUGGUGCUUCUGAAGGAAUCCCCUUUUCUCAAAAAGAAUGAUUUUCUGUUUGGGAUGAAAUCUGUAAGACAGGAAGGUUAAAACUCUUUGUGUACUGCUGGAUGGUAACAAACUAACUAAAAAAUAGUAAAUUCAAAUUAUCUUCAAUAUAGAGUGACUUUAUUGGGUCAUCAGAACUAGGCCAUCUACCCACAAGAAAAAUUUUGUCUCUGACUUUUGCUUAUUGUCAGCUGAUACCAGUUGAUUCCAUACUUCUAUUUAUCAAUUACUGUAUAUUCCUAUGCAGUUCCGCUCUAAAGGCUUAUUCAUUACAGCAGUGAUAAUGUUACCUAGCUUAGUGUUGUUGACAUGGGGAACAUUAUAAGAUUAUGAGGAACAUGAUAAGAUUAUAAUGAAAAAAGUUAUAAUAAAAUCAUAGGUUAUAUCAAGAAUAAAUGGUACACUCAAUAAACUUUUCCUGGACUUCACCAGUGGUUUGUUUGUCCCGUAAACAGAUGAGUUUGCACAAGAGUUUGCUGAAAUUCAAACUGCACGUGGAUUUAGGCAGUGGUGUAAGCCCCGCCUUUAUAUAGCCUGCAAGCAGUAGAGAGACAGAAGAGAUCAAGCCUGAUUCAAAGCGGAUGAUACUUCUCUGUUUUAAAUAAUAUUUUCUCAGACUGCUUUUAAGUUGGAUAAAAUUCUUUUGUGAUUAAUACAAAAUUAUCACUGUCUUUGAGUCAGCAUCAUUCUGUACGAUUCUAAAAAGGUAAUUGAUACUAUUAUAGUGUCUCAUCUGAAGCCUUCAGAUGGAUCAUUCGGUCUGUUUGUGGAAUGGUGUGGGGGAGCCUUAUGUUAUAAAACCGUGGCAGGGGAGAAGAUAUGAAAUCCCACAAUAUACGGGUGUUUUUUUGUGGUGUGUUUAUGAGAAAUUUCAUCCUCAUUUAUGCUAUGGAAACCUAACAUUUGUGUGAUCAGUUUAAAUCAUUGCUGCAGUCAAAAGCAGUUCCACUUUUGGUUCCCACAUCCUUCAGUGAUUUGCACUACACAAAAAAACGUGGCUAGCUAUACUUUGGAUUCUGUGCAAACACAAGAAAAGGGUCUGAGGAUGGAAAGAAGGAUACGAGGAAGAGUGGACCUGUCAUUUCUAGCAGAAGUGUUGUCUUACUCCCACUGGAAGAAAAGUGGCAUAAAUUAAUAACUUCGUAGAGCAAUGGCAGCUCGUGUAAAUGUGGUGGCUUGCCCAUGUUUGUACCUGAGGGGCGGCAUUAGCUUUACCAUACAGGUUGAUGUUCAUGAUUCCUUUUGAUUGAAUCUAUUUUGCCAUGUAUCAUUAGAAAAUCGGAGUCGGUGGAUGAGAUUUGAAAAAGUCAAGUGGCAUUUUUAGAUUAUAAAAACUGUUGGACGUAUACUUUGAACAUGACUUGCUAAAUCUCUCUAGGCAGCUAUGCUCCCAUUAGACAGAAUGCAAAAUAAUGAUAAAAUUUACUCAGUUUCUGUGAAAGCCAGUUACAUACGCCAGGACUCUUUGUCUUCUGGUUCUUUAUCUUAACAAUCAUACUGCCCUUUUGCCCUGAUUUAGGCUAUACAAGCUAUGUCUUGUUUAUUCACAUUUUGCUGUCUUUGUUCCUUUUACUAACAGCUUAACUGAUCUUUGUUAUGAAGUAAGUCUGAAAAAAUGAAUAAUAAUUGUUUUCUUUAUUGCCCUAGCAUUGACAUGCUAAUGUCUUCUGAUAAAGAAAAGGACCCAGAUGUUAUUCCUGAAGAUAGCAGUCUGCUAACUCUUCGAAUUAGAAAGAAGGCAUUAGAGAGGAGAGAAGAAACAAUUAUUGUGGAUCGGGCUUGCAGACAAGAAACUCUUGCUUAUGAGAUGGAGUCACAUGCAAUUGGAAAGAGGCCAGACAAUCCAACAGAUUUAGUUGAGGAGGGAGAACUACUUUUAACUCUGAACAUCUUCUAUCCUGUCAUAUUUCAGAAGCAUAAAGAUCACAAACCCUAUCAGACUGUCCUUGUACUGGGCAGCCAGAAGCUCACUGAGCUGAGAGACUCAAUUUCCUGUGUCAGUGACCUCCAGAUAGGUGGUGAGUUCAGCAGUCAGCCAGAUCAAGCACCGGAGCACAUCAGCAAGGAUCUCUACAAAUCUGCUUUCUUUUAUUUUGAAGGCAUCUUUUAUAAUGAUAGAAGAUACCCAGAGUGCAGAGAUCUGAGCAGAACAAUUAUUGAGUGGUCAGAAUCUCAUGACAGAGGUUAUGGAAAUCUUCAGUCUGUUAAAAUGGAGGACUACAUGUUUAAUGAUUUGUCCCUCAAAAUUGGCUUUCCAUACCUUUUCUGCCACCAAGGGAACUGUGAGCACAUCAUUAUCGUCACAGAUAUAAGGCUUAUUCACCAUGAUGACUGCCUGGACAGGAACCUCUAUCCCUUGCUAAUCAAGAAACACUGGUUAUGUACCAGAAAAUGCUUUGUGUGCAAAAUGUAUACAGCCAGGUGGGUAACCAACAAAGACAGUCUGGCACCAGAGGAUCCUUGUUUCUUCUGUGAUGUUUGUUUUCGGAUGCUCCAUUAUGAUGUGGAAGGCAAUAAACUGGGGGAGUUUCUUGCUUAUCCUUAUGUCGAUCCUGGGAUUUUCAACUGAGACUGACACGAGCCGGAAUGAAUUCAAUGAACUGCAUGGGUGAAUCUGUUGCUUUGGCUGUUAAAAUCACCAAACAGCUUGAGUUUUGAGCAUACUGCUGGGUUUUGGGUUAGGCUUUUAAUCCUCUCCCCUGAGGUGCAAGGAGCCCUUUACACUUGAGGUCUUUCCGGUGUACUUCUAUGAGUAGGUGUGAUUUUAAAAGUUAAGUUAGCAUAGAAAAAUGUGCUCAGACAUCUACUUUAUUUUAAUUGGUUACAUUUUUUAAUACUCUUUGACAACAAUACGGUAGUUUGGAGACUACGGACUCUGAAAAUACGGAUGUUUAAAGAGAGGAUACCUUGCAAAAACAGCCACGAUUUUAAGAAGUUCUGUGCAUCCAAGGCUCUGUUAACCUCAAAGCCUGAGCAGAUGGUCAUUGGGCAUUUUACCUUGAAAACUCUGGCAAUUGUCAUCUCUGAACAAGGGUGGGUAGCACUGAAUUUGUGGGGAAGAACGGUUUCUGAGAGAGAAGCUCAGAGUGCUUGUUAAGGUCUAAGGCCUUUCCUGCAAAUGGGAGUUGCUUGCGCCUGUGAGCCUUGGCUGUCCUUGUGUUCUGACUCCAAGGACUCAUUCUGUGCAGAGCAAACUACAUUUCACUGGUGACUGAAUUGCAGCCUGCCUUUCAAAUGACUCUGCUAACUGUUUACAGUGCACGUGGUUUUAACUCUUUCUGCAGUGGGAUGUUCAUUGCGCGCUUCUUUUUUUACUGUCAUUUCCUUAUUGUAAGUAUUGUUGGUUUUUAUUAAAAAAUGACCAAUUUGCACUUGCUGGUCUGAUGUAAGUUGAAACUCUGCUUGCCAAAACAGAACAUACUUAUGCAGUGCCUUGCUUUUCAAAGUCAUCUGGAAUUCAAAGGAUUUUACUGGGGAUCUUUCCUGUUUAUGAAAGCUCGUGGCACUAACUGCUUUUCUUUUGAAAGCUUCAUCUGGUUCUCAAAAAAGCCUAGUUCUGGUUGGUGUAAAAGACAGCUGACUCUGAUAACCUGCAUAUAGACAUGUAUUUGACAAAUUGGAUUCUGUUCAGGUCCUGCAGCCACAAAGUCUGCAAGCACUUACUUGAUUCCCUUAGAUGUCUUGAAACAGGAGAGUCUUAAGCGAUUUCAGGACUCCAUUCAUCGCUCACGUAUCUGACUGCUUUCCACUGGUGUAUCAGGUCACGUGAAUAUAAAUCUGUCCUUUUUUUAGGACAAAAGAAAAAA